GUUGAGGACACUGCCGAGAUGUUACCCAAAUCAAGACGAGCUCUCACCAUCCAGGAGAUCGCCGCACUCGCUAGAUCUUCUCUACAUGGCAUCUCUCAGGUCGUGAAAGACCAUGUGACCAAGCCCACGGCGAUGGCUCAGGGGCGUGUCGCUCACCUCAUAGAGUGGAAGGGAUGGUGCAAACCCACCGACGCUCCCAACGCCCUCGAAUCCGACUUCAACUCUUACUCCGACCUCAGCGAGGGAGAACAGGAGGCGCGAUUCGCUGCAGGUGUGGCAGAGCAGUUUGCGAUCGCUGAGGCUAAACUCCGUGCCUGGUCUUCGGUCGAUGCUGAGGAGUCGAAUGACGAUUCUUAUGAUGAAGAUUUUCUUCCAGCUAAUGAGCCUACAACGCAGAGUACAGAUCUGUCCUCAUAUCCUCAUUACCUGCGGGAUCUCUUGCACACACACGUGUGUCAGUCUCACCUGCGUGGGAGAGGUGUGUGCGAGGCUGAGAGCGGUGUGGCAGUCGACCUCUCACCCCCGGUCGGGUCGCCCGGGUCACCUUCCGAGACCCUCUGCUCCAGCAUGUGCAGCCUCGACGACAGGCACCCGUUGCUACGCGACCUCGGACGCCACGGAGACGGCCCCGUCGCUGCUGACCUCGCCGCCAAGAUUCUGGGAGCUCUCCAAGGUGGGGAGGAGCUGCUGUUGGCCCGCCUCCAGAGGGCGGGGCAUAGGCUUGGCCACUCGCCUUGUUGCUUGGCAACGUAUUCAGAGACCUUUCUGUCGCCGGGGGAGGAGGAUGAGGACUCGCCUUAUAAGGACUGCAGGGGCGGAGUCUGCUGCCCCCCAGAAUAUUCCACUCGGAGAAAGGUCUCAGACGUCGCCUCAUCAGGGGUCGUGUCGCUUGACGAGGAGGACGAGGAAGAUGAAGACGACAGAGAGGAGGAGAGGGAGCACUGA